UCUUCAUCCUCUGCUUCUUCUUCUUCUUCAUCCUCUGCUUCUUCUUCUUCUUCAUCCUCUGCUUCUUCUUCUUCUUCAUCCUCUGCUUCUUCUUCUUCUUCAUCCUCUGCUUCUUCUUCUUCAUCCUCUGCUUCUGCUUCUUCUUCUUCAUCCUCUGCUUCUUCUGCUUCUGCUUCUUCUUCUUCUUCUUCACCCUCUGCUUCUUCUUCUUCAUCUUCUUCAUCCUCUGCUUCUUCUUCUUCAUCCUCUGCUUCUUCUUCUUCUUCAUCUUCUUCAUCCUCUGCUUCUUCUUCUUCUUCUUCAUCUUCUUCAUCCUCUGCUUCUUCUUCUUCUUCACCCUCUGCUUCUUCUUCUUCUUCACCCUCUGCUUCUUCUGCUUCUUCACCCUCUGCUUCUUCUGCUUCUUCACCCUCUGCUUCUUCUGCUUCUUCACCCUCUGCUUCUUCUUCUUCUUCUUCCUCUGCUUCUUCUUCUUCUUCUUCACCCUCUGCUUCUUCUUCUUCUUCAUCCUCUGCUGCUUCUUCUUCUUCUUCUUCACCCUCUGCUGCUUCUUCUUCUUCUUCUUCAUCCUCUUCUUCUUCUUCUUCACCCUCUGCUGCUUCUUCUUCUUCUUCUUCAUCCUCUGCUGCUUCUUCUUCUUCUUCUUCAUCCUCUGCUGCUUCUUCUUCAUCCUCUGCUUCUUCUUCUGCUUCUUCAUCCUCUGCUUCUUCAUCCUCUGCUUCUUCUUCUUCUUCACCCUCUGCUUCUUCUUCUUCUUCACCCUCUGCUUCUUCUUCUUCUUCACCCUCUGCUUCUUCUUCUUCUUCAUCCUCUGCUUCUUCUUCUUCUUCAUCCUCUGCUUCUUCUUCUUCUUCAUCCUCUGCUUCUUCUUCUUCUUCAUCCUCUGCUGCUUCUUCUUCUUCAUCCUCUGCUGCUUCUUCU